AUCAAACGCUCUCACAACCGACGCUUUACUGUCCGAGUGAGAGGGCAAAACUUCACCCUGAACACUUUUUUGCCUUGAACCCAUCUCAAGUUAACUCUACAAAAAUGCGCGAAUGUAUCAGCAUCCAUGUUGGCCAGGCCGGUACCCAGAUGGGGAACGCUUGCUGGGAACUAUACUGCCUGGAGCACAACAUCCAGCCAAACGGUCAGAUGCCCUCGGACAAAACCAUUGGGGGUGGGGACGACUCCUUCAACACCUUCUUCAGUGAGACAGGAGCAGGGAAGCACGUCCCCCGCGCCAUCUUCGUGGACCUGGAACCCACUGUUGUUGAUGAAGUCCGCAGUGGAAUAUACCGCCAACUUUUCCAUCCUGAGCAGUUGAUCACCGGUAAGGAAGAUGCGGCUAACAAUUACGCCCGUGGCCACUACACCAUCGGCCGUGAGAUGGUGGACCUGGUCCUUGACCGCAUCCGUAAGCUGGCUGACCAGUGUACCGGUCUUCAGGGAUUCCUCAUCUUCCACAGCUUUGGAGGAGGCACUGGCUCUGGAUUUACCUCCCUUCUCAUGGAGAGACUCAGUGUGGACUACGGAAAGAAAUCUAAGCUGGAGUUCGCGAUUUAUCCGGCACCUCAAGUUGCAACAGCUGUUGUGGAGCCCUACAACUCCAUCCUGACCACCCAUACCACCCUGGAGCACUCCGAUUGCGCCUUCAUGGUCGACAAUGAGGCCAUCUAUGACAUCUGCCGCAGAAACCUGGACAUUGAUCGUCCCUCGUACACCAACCUGAAUCGUUUGAUUGGCCAGAUCGUCAGCUCAAUCACGGCUUCUCUCCGAUUUGACGGCGCCCUGAAUGUGGACCUGACCGAGUUCCAGACCAACCUGGUGCCCUACCCCCGUAUCCACUUCCCUCUGGCUACCUAUGCCCCAGUGAUCUCCGCCGAGAAGGCUUACCACGAGCAGCUAUCUGUGGCCGAAAUCACCAACGCCUGCUUCGAACCCGCCAACCAGAUGGUGAAAUGUGACCCGCGUCACGGUAAAUACAUGGCCUGCUGUAUGUUGUACAGAGGUGACGUCGUGCCCAAAGACGUCAACGCCGCCAUUGCCACCAUCAAGACCAAGAGAAGCAUCCAGUUCGUCGACUGGUGUCCCACUGGUUUCAAGGUCGGCAUCAACUACCAGCCUCCAACAGUGGUGCCUGGUGGUGAUCUGGCCAAGGUCCAGCGCGCUGUCUGCAUGUUGAGCAACACCACUGCCAUUGCUGAGGCCUGGGCUCGUCUUGACCACAAAUUUGACCUGAUGUACGCCAAGCGUGCCUUUGUCCACUGGUACGUGGGAGAGGGUAUGGAAGAAGGAGAGUUCGCAGAAGCCCGGGAGGAUCUUGCCGCGCUAGAGAAAGAUUAUGAAGAGGUUGGAGUGGAUUCGAGCCAAUCAGAUGAGGAAGAAGAAGGUGACGAGUACUGAAUCCGUCUUAGUUCUUAUGGGGUGUUCACAUCAUUCAUUGUAACAGUAUUACCCAUUUUACACAACUUGUAGUAUUCAUGAAUAAAAAGUUGAUA